CACGCCAUGACAGCCUGGCACGUGAUGUAGAGUAAGUUCCUGCUGUGGCUUGAGGGAAGCAGAUCGACAUUCAGCCACGGGAGAAUCGCAGUUUGCGGCCUGUGGAAGCCCCCUCCCUGAGCAAUGGCCUCACCAGUCUCAGUCUACAACUCCAGUGCCUUGGACACACACAUCUCCAGUACCUCCAGAGAGUCUCUGAGGAUGGAGCUGUUAGCAGAUGUGUGUCUGCUGCCAGGAGAGGACAGAAUUAUAGAUAAGGACAUAAUAUACAUCUGUCCAUUCAGUGGAGCUGUGAAAGGAAAAGUGUUGAUCACUAACUACAGACUCUACUUCAAGAGCUCAGAUGCUGAUGUGACGGUGACACUGGAUGUUCCUUUGGGUGCCAUCAGUCGGGUGGAAAAGAUGGGCGGGGCAUCAAGCAGAGGCGAAAACUCCUAUGGCCUGGAUAUCACCUGCAAGGACAUGAGGAAUUUGAGGUUUGCCUUGAAGCAGGAGGGCCACAGCAGACGAGAUAUCUUUGACCUCCUCUUCAGACAUGCCUUCCCCCUCUCACAUGGUCUGCUUCUGUUUGCAUAUGUGACUCAAGAGAAGUACGAGGAGAACGGCUGGAAUGUCUACAAACCCAUAGAGGAGUUCAGACGCCAGGGCUUACCCAAUAACAAGUGGCGUAUUACAUUUAUCAAUAAGAACUAUGAGCUGUGUGACACCUACCCCACUGUACUGGCUGUACCUUUUAAAAGUAAAGAGGAGGACCUCAGGAGAGUCGCUGCCUUCAGGUCAAGAGGACGCAUACCGGUUCUAUCAUGGAUCCACAGGGAGAACCAGGCAGUGAUAGUCCGCUGCAGUCAGCCUCUGGUUGGCAUGUCUGGUAAAAGGAACAAGGAUGAUGAGCGCUACCUGGACCUGAUCAGAGAGGCAAACGACACUAUCAAGCUCACCAUAUAUGAUGCCAGGCCCAAUGUCAACGCAGUGGCCAACAAGGCCACCGGAGGAGGUUAUGAGGGUGAUGAGUAUCAAAACGCAGAGCUCAUGUUCUUGGACAUCCAGAAUAUUCACGUCAUGAGGGAAUCUCUGAAGAAACUCAAAGACAUUGUCUACCCUAAUGUGGAGGAAUCACACUGGCUGUCCAGUCUAGAGUCUACGCACUGGCUAGAACAUGUUAAGCUGGUGUUGUCAGGAGCCAUCCAAGUAGCAGACAAGGUUUCCAGUGGAAACUCAGUGGUGGUUCACUGUAGUGAUGGCUGGGACCGAACUGCUCAGCUCACCUCUCUGGCCAUGCUGAUGCUGGACAGUCAUUACCGCACACUGCGAGGAUUCCAGGUGCUGAUUGAAAAGGAAUGGAUCAGCUUUGGGCACAAAUUUGCCUCAAGGAUAGGUCACGGUGACAAGAACCAUGCAGAUCAGGACAGAUCACCCAUCUUUGUUCAAUUCAUUGACUGUGUGUGGCAGAUGACUAAACAGUUUCCUACAGCCUUUGAGUUUAAUGAGCGUCUCCUGCUGACAAUCCUGGAUCAUCUCUACAGCUGCCGCUUCGGGACUUUCCUCUACAACUGUGAGAGUGCACGAGACCAGCAUGAGGUGAGGUCAAAGACAGUAUCUCUGUGGUCUCUGGUCAACAGUAAGAUGGACAUUUAUUUAAACCCCUUCUACACCCCUGAGUCUGGCAGGGUCCUCUACCCCGUCGCCAGCAUGCGUCACCUAGAGCUGUGGGUAACAUACUACAUCCGCUGGAACCCACGCAUACGACAGCAGCAGCAGAGUCCGGUGGAGCAGCGCUACAAGGAGCUGUUGGCCCUAAGAGACGAGUACUUGAAGAAGCUGGAGGAGCUGCAGCUGUCGGACUCCUCUCCUUCCUCCCGUCUGGCUAACAGUCCUACCCCGAACACCUCCUCCUCCACCUCCUCACCAUCACAGCAAUACACACACCUACACACACCCUUCUGAGGGCUGGUGACACACACACACACUCUCUCUCUCUCUUUCUAUCGCUCUCUGAUAUACUUGUUGACUUGCACUUAUGUCUUUUUCACUCUGAUUUCUGUCGGUCUUACACACAUGCAGGGAAUUAAUUAGUAUUGUGCAGUCCUAACUGUGGAUAACAAAGAAUGCUAAUACGAUUUAGAUGUGAUGGUUAACUCUAACACCAUAGUGGUGAUGAUGGUGAUUUAUGCAAUAUGUCACAGUACAGCCUUGUCACAAGACUUCUCUAUACUCACACUCAUCAUACAGUGAAGCCUUAAAGACAUUCAGUGGCUUUCAGUCCAAGGGCUUGAACACACAGGACACACAGUGGCUGUUUAUCAGUGUUCACACAGGCUGCACAGCAGGACUGACCUUAUGUGUUUUCUGUCCACGCCAUAUUCUGAUUAGACAGACUGACUGACACACCAGCACUGUUGGUGGUUAUUUUCUAGAUCACCACAGAGGCACAUACAUACACAAUGUAUUCAGUGAUAAACUGAGGUCCAGUACUGUGUGUGGAUUGUAGUGUUGUUUGAAAGAGAGACAGGUUGGUCUGUACCUCGGGAAUAGUAGUUUGACAAAAUAAUCUUAACUCAAGGUCCAUUUACUUAUAUUUGAAAGCUCUACGUAAAGCUGGUGAGUGAGCCUUAAGUUAUGACUGUUUUGUGAAAUGUACUGUUGUCCAUUAAAGGAACACUUCAAAAUUAUGACUUGACAACAAUUUCAUCUCCGUGCUUCCUUUUCAAAGAGAUAUCAGGGUUGUAGCUUGGCGUGUGCCAGCUUUAGUCCAGCUCAAACAAGGACUUGAAGGAGAGGAAACUGCCACACCAGCUCUGUACAAUCUCAGAUUAAAAAUGGAAGUUGCCACAGAGGAUGUUUAUGCAGAGAGCUCUAGGAGGCUAAGUUCUUUGUUUAUUUUCAGAAAUUAUUUAUGUAAAAUUAUUUAUUGUUGUGUUAAAGCAACAUUAUGCAAAUAUUUCACCUGUGAGAAGUGCGUAACUGUGAGUAAUAGUCAGGGUCUCAAACUGCCAAAAUCAGGCCCAGCAAGUUUAAGAGUACUGCUGAACUGUAAAUCAGUUAAAAAGGCACAGAAGUCAUUAAAAUCCAGCGUUUGUCUCUGAUAUCCAGGGAUGAAACUAUCAAGAAUUUCAAACGUUUGGCAUGUUUGUGACAGUGAGUGCACUUCAGGGAUCAUGAGGAAUAUACAUUGAUUGACAAUGUUUCAGUUCAGUGAGUGGGACUGCACCACUUAACUGCUCAGACUCAGAGCACAACAGAAUUAAUUUAAAAUGAUAUUCAAAUUGUAUCUGAAAACCUUCAUUUUCUCAGUAAGAUGAAGUCCCAGUAAGGUGACACAUUAACAGAAUAAGCUACUGGAUGCCUUAAUCGUCUUAUCCACCUAUUUAUCUGAAUACAACACCAUAGCAGAGCCAGGGAGCUGCAGAGGACUGUUGGCAUCCACACACACCUGCCUCACCAUCAUGGUCAGACCAGGAGGACAAGGGUUAAUUGAACAAAUUAGACCUGAACUACAUUCCUUGUUUUCAAAGUUUUACCUGCUGAAGUCCAAACAUACACCUACUGCUAUUCUUCUUCUAACUACCCACACAAGCUAUUGGUGAAAUGCGGUUUUAUAUGAUGGGUGAGGUUAGCUAAACACUCACAGCACAACAGUCACAUGUAACGGAGAUAAACUUAUGUAACCACCCUCUGAAUUCAAGAUGAGUCAUCAAAAAAAUUACAUUUUACAAAAAAAGAAACACAACCAUUACACAACUGCUGGUGUCCUGUGUGAACAAAACAAUGCUAACCAAGAUGUACAACUCUCAUGUUUCACACUUCUUCCUACUUGCUGCACUGAGUAUUGCCCUGUCCCAUGAGGAGCUGAUUGGAACAGCUGCAGAGCUGAUGCAGAACAGUUUGAGGCUGGAAGCUUCUACAGGGGAUAUUACUUCAUGAGUCCAGGAGAGUGUAUAAAUCCAGUGUGUCAGAUUUGGUUGGACUUGUGUGAAAUUUGUUGCUUAUGACCUGAGGAUGAAAUUUAGCGUUGUCUCUGUCACAUGUUUUGCCACUGCUAUCAGCUAAGCUCACCUAAGCAGUAUUUUCCAGCACUUCCUGAACUAUGGCACUGAGAGCAAAUACACUUCUAGCCAAUGAGAAUAGUUUGGUUAGAAUCAGUGACUUUUUUUUAUGAAUGCAACUUUGAUAUGGUUUGAAAUAUUUGCAGGUGCUCAAGAUAGUAUAGAGGGAUUAAAUGCUGCUGGCCUGUGAUCCUGCAUCAGCUCUUGUACAUUUCUGGUGUCACUAAAAACAGAGUUUAGAUGGAGGAGUCAGUCCAGUUUCAUGACAGUCAAGAUGUUUGUUACCAGCAUACGGUUUUAGGGACAGUGAGCAAAAAAAAAGAAAAAAAAAAGUUGAAUAUACUCUUUGUAAAUCAGUGUGUUUGUCCAUAUUUGAACCACCAUCACUGAUAAUACAUGUGCCUUUUGGACAGGUGUUGGUUUUAUAUACAAGAGUUUCCCACAUUCCAGUUGGAUAUUGUGGCUAUAUUUGGAUAUAUUUUACAUUUACAUUCUCCGGUUAUCUGCUUAGAUUAAAUAAUUGGGUGAACUUAUUUACACAGCUUGCUGAGCUGUCAGACUGCUCAUGUGUCUGCUCUGUUCAUUUUGUGUUGACUGAGUCAACAGAUGUCAACAUUGAAAUUGAUGCAAAAUGGCAAAUAUUGAAAUAUACCUAUGUACCACUUUCAAAUAAUGACAUUAUGUCAGUUAAGUCAAAAUUUUAUGCUUUUUUGUGUGAGUUUGGUUUUUUGUAAUCUCAACAUGAUGAGUUAGCACUAAGUCAGUUUUUUGGCUUAUGUCAUAAUUGAUGAUGAUUGAUACAUCAAUUCACUGCCUCCAAGGUAUGACCCAUCUCACAAUUCUGACAGGACAGAUUUUGAAAAUAUGAAAACCAGCCUGUUCCAAAAAGCACAUGCUGCUGUUUCUUGGUUUUUGUGCUGUCACAGAGCUUAUGACUACACGGCAGUGUGCAGUCAAACUCAGGACAUCACAUGGACAACACUGCAUAGAAAAGAGGAAUGUUAGAAACUGAAUCAAAUUUCUCUAUUAUGACAAUGGAAUUUUCAUUUUUUUUAAAGAAGUAGUCUGAUAUGACUACUGUGCUACUAACUCAAAAAGUUCCCAUUUUAGUUAAAAACCAACUGACACAAACUCUGAAUUGUGGCGAGCAUGCUGGUAAAACCAUCAAUCGUAAAUGUAUGUACUGUAUCAUUCAGUCUGUCAUGAUGAUGACAGAUUAAUUAUUACAAUCUCUCAGGAGUUUAAACACUCCCCUCCCAUAUUUCUUCAGUCACUCUACUGGGAAAUGUCUGGUAGUUCUCUCUAUUCCAAUCUCAGCCAUUUGAUAAAUAAUUGUUGCUUGAUCACCAGGGUCUUUUAAGAGCAGGAUUGGAGUGUAUACUUUGUGUUGCCAGCGCAUCAUCAUCCAUUUGAGAGAAAUCCUGAUUGUUGUGUUAUUUUGGCAGUUCUAGUUUUGAGGUCCAUCACUGAAACAUAAUAAAUCAAUGAAUAAGCAUCAGCUCCAGAUGUAGUCUUGGUAGCAGUUUAGCUUCAAAAGUGCUACAGUGCUAUGUCGUGGCUCCAUAUCCAUAAGCAACAUAAUUUAUUAAAAAUAACAAUGGGUAGAUACACCUGCAAGUCUAUAAUGAUCACUGCUGUAGAUCAAGUCCUCCUGGCACCACAUUUGUAGCUUUUCAUUGACACCUCCAUCACAAAUGAAUUAUUGUUACAGCAGACCAGAAGUUCUUUCCAACGAGAGAGGCUCCAUUGCCAGUGGACUGAUAGAUCAGAUAGAUAAAUCUAUUAGCAUUUGUUUUUUAGCAGGACCAUUGACUCUUCCUUUGAAACUGGAUCUGUUUUUGUCAGUACAGAAAAUAUGUGACUCUGGGCAUACCAUUUUAGAGAUAUGCUACUUGAUUUGUUUAAGUGCCCAGUAGAGAUGCAAAGUGUGAGGAGCAGCUGGUUCCGGAAGAAUUUUUCCACUAAAUUAACAGCUGUGAUGGCCUGACCUCAUUCAUAAUUGAAUAUUAUGUCACAAAAUUACCAUUACUAUCACAAGAAAAUUUCAGAUUAGCAUUUUCUGCAAUUUAUUAUAAUUCUGUUAUGUAUACCCUACAUUAUGUAUGUAUGAUGGAUGCAGGACACGCAAUGGAACUUUACUUCUGUAACUAUGGAUACCAUGUAUAUCUCCACCCACUGUGCUUCUCUACAGCAACCUUAAAUUUCACUUAAACAGCCUCUCUGGUGAAACAUGAGUUAGAGACAAGACAGCUCAGGAAAGCAUCUCUCCAAUUCUUUCAAUUGUUCACCUGAUUGGGUUUACAGCAAGUUGGAAGCAAUGAUGAUCUGGGAUGAUGUAUUUUAUGUACAGUGCAACAGUUUCAAUUGUGAAUGAGGUGUAAUAAGUCAUUUUGUGAUUUGCAUCAGGUCAUGUCCAGAUUUGUGCCUUGAUUCUUGUGAGAAUCACCCUUUGUCAUGUUUGAGCUUGACUGCUGUGUAGUUGGGUCCAAAGGGACUCAGCCUUGUAUACUCUCAUCUGGGAGGUUAUGUUGUUGUCUAUGGGCCUCUGCUAGUUUGAAGUGGGAUUAAGUAGGUGAUGACUGCAGACAUUCCUCAGUAACUACACAGGGUAAAAGAGAGAGCAGUCUACCAUGCUGCCAGUGUUAAAGGAAGCCUCUGUUUGUCACCUCCAGAUCAUACACUGUGAGAUGCAGUAAUAGAUCAAGUACCAAGAGAAAUUACAAAUUUCCUGACCUAACUUUAAUUAAUGCUGUUGGUUAAUACAUCAUGCCCCUUUGUCACUGAAAUUUAGUACAUUUUAGUGUCACCUGACCCUCAAACUAUCGAGAUCUAUUAUUUCCACCAUUUAAAGGUACAUUCCCUGACCAUUUUAGGAUGCACAGAGUUCUCAGUUGAGUUUCCAGACUGGGAGAACAUUUCUAGUGUUGGUUGUGCUAGUGAUGCUACCCUGAAGGCAGACUUGACACUGUAUUGAUCUUUAAAGCAGAGAUAUCAUGGCAAGAAGUUUUGAUGUCUCACCUCAACACAAACAAACGAGCUUUGGUUAUGAGAGAACCACAGAGCUUUACUCUUUUUAAAGGUGGUUCAAUUUUAUUUAAAAAAAAAAACAAAAAUCAGCUGCUAAACAAAAUGAGGAGCUGUGCUCCAGCUCACAGUUCUGUCUCGGUCUUGGAGUUAAGCUGCCUGUUUGCUUCAUCAGAAGUGCUUGUCUGACGUUGGAUUGGGGGAGCUGUCAGCCACUAUUGCUGUAACCUUCUGAAAACGACAAUCCAACAUUUACAGCCACUUCACGUUUGAACUUCGCUCAGCUCUUUUUUUCAUCCUUUACAGUUUCUGUCACUUUUAUGUGAACACAGAGUGCAACACUGUAAAAUUCUUCCAGGAGAAAACUAUACCACUCCCCCUCCAAAAAUAAGCGCACGUUGUACAAACUAAUUAUUUUCAAGGUCAACCCAUCCCUAGUCCCUCCAUAUCACCAAUACAAAUGUAAUUCCAUGGAUUGGCCAGCAGGUAUUGCUAAAGCACCUACUGCAAAUAGUCAGGAUCAAGUGGAAGCAUUUCGAGUCUUUCAAGUCUGGAGCAAAUGGGCUUCCUGCAAGCAUGUCUAAUCUCAAACAUGACUUUUCUGUGGUGGGUCAAGUGGGCAGUUUAGAGAGAACAACCUGACUCUUGAGUUGACAGAGGUGAAGUAACAUAGGUGUUACAAAAUGGAUUGUGUUCAGCAGUGUUGGCGUCGUAAGUUUGGUCUCACUGAGGAGGUUUAGGGGUAAAACAGAGACAGAAAAGAAGCGAAAUACAUGGUGGUUGGAAGGUUUUGUUUUCAGGGGGAAAGCAGAUGAAAAUCUAUUUUUUUUAUUUUUUACUUUUUACAAGCACCAUGAUGUAAUUACCUCAAUCAAAACCUAUUUUACUGUCUAAAGUUCUAUUGUUGUAAAAUACAAUUAUUUUGUGUAGUGUAAAAUCUUACAGUUUUAUAAAAAAGAAAAAAGGAAAGUAAUGUUGGUUCAGAAAUUGUUGGUAUAAAUUGUAGAUUUCUGGCUCCAUUGGUUACAUUUAUUUUAUUUUUAUUUUUGUCUUCUUUUCUUUUCUUUUGAGGGCAUUUUUUUCACUAACCCAGGAUAAAAAGGUAGAAUUCUGGAUACUGUUCACUUGUCACAGACCUUGACAUCUUCCCCUCAGUUCUCUGGUGGAUCUUUAGUUUUCAGAUUCUCUCUGGCACUGUGGUGAUGAAUCUGACAAGUACUUGUGUCAUUGUUCAUUUCAGUUUGACUCUUUCAUUAACAUAGGGGAUUGUAGUUUGAGGGGGUUUGUGUCAUAAUUUAGCCUGCUUUUUAAUAAAUACACAUGAAAUGUGUUUCAGAAUCUUUUUGGUAUCGACAGUGAGCGUUUAACAAAAAGGUGUAAUCAGAAUACAUUUCAGAUGUAUUUCUUUUAAUCAUGUUAUAUCUUCUCCACAGUUUGAUGGGUGGCUCCUGUUAUGUAAAUAUUACUGAUUAAAUUAAUUUAAGUA